AUGUUGCGGAGUUCUACUUUAAUAAGGAAAAAAGGCGCACAACAAAAUCCGUUUGAUGGCAAAUUUCUGGGUACCAUGAUGUCUGACAAGAGUAUGGCUCGAUAUUACAAAAUCAAUGAAAUUGACAAGGCCAAGUAUGAACAACUACCCUUUUCCAUUCGUGUAUUGCUUGAGUCUGCGGUGAGGAACUGCAAUGAAUUUGAUGUCACGUCGAAAACAGUGAGCAAUAUCCUUGACUGGAAGACAAACUGCACCAAGAACAUUGAGAUACCUUUCAAACCCGCGCGUGUGGUGCUUCAGGAUUUCACUGGUGUGCCGUGCAUUGUUGAUUUAGCUUCAAUGCGAGAUGCUAUGAAAAUGCUGGGCGGUGAUCCUAAUAUCAUCAACCCGCAGAUCCCUGUAAACCUUGUCGUGGAUCACUCCGUUCAAGUGGAUGUCGCCGGAACUAAAGAUGCUGCCACUUUCAAUCAGAAUAUGGAGAUGAAACGUAAUCGCGAGCGUUUCGAGUUCCUAAAGUGGGGCUCCAAUGCCUUCGAUAACUUGCUGAUCGUUCCCCCAGGCUCCGGCAUCGUUCAUCAGGUCAAUCUCGAGUACCUGGCACAGGUCGUUUUCAAUUACAAUGGCAUGCUAUACCCAGAUUCUGUCGUUGGUACAGACUCCCACACAACCAUGGUCAACGGGCUCGGUGUAGUGGGCUGGGGUGUUGGUGGGAUUGAAGCUGAGGCUGGCAUGCUGGGUCAGUGCUUGUCCAUGGUCUUGCCUCAGGUCGUCGGCUAUAAGUUCACAGGGAGCUUGCGGGAAGGUUGCACAGCCACAGACCUUGUUCUUACUGUUGUGAAAAAUUUGCGCAAGUUGGGUGUAGUGAACAAAUUUGUUGAGUUCUACGGUCCGGGUGUGGAUAACCUUUCACUCGCCGACCGCGCAACCCUGGGAAACAUGGCCCCGGAAUACGGCGCCACAAUUGGCUACAUCCCCAUUGAUAAUGAGACAAUCUCCUACCUCAAGACUACGAAUCGCACACCUGAGCACAUUGCGCGGAUCGAGAAUUACACUAAGGCUGUCGGCCUCUUCCGCACAGGUGGAGAAAAUAUUAUCUAUUCCGAACAUCUGGAGCUUGACUUAUCAACAGUCGUGCCGUGUUUAGCAGGUCCUAAACGACCUCAUGACAACGUCUCAUUGGCUGACAUGCCAAAAGAUUUCAAGGCGUGCUUAUCCGCGAAAAGCGGUUUUAAGGGCUUCGGCAUCCCUGCGGAGGAGCGAGACAAGAAAGUCAAGUACACUGUCGGUGGCAAAGAGACAACAAUGCAGCAUGGUAGCGUCGUAAUUGCUGCCAUCACAUCGUGCACAAACACUUCGAAUCCGAGUGUACUCAUUGCAGCUGGACUCAUCGCAAAGAAGGCCAACACAAAGGGGCUCAAAGUGGGGCCCGGCGUCAAGACUUCACUUUCUCCAGGUUCCCACGUUGUGACGAAGUACUUAGAGGCGGCAGGUCUGCAAAAGCAUCUCGAUGAGCUUGGUUUUCAUACCACUGGCUAUGGCUGCAUGACCUGCAUUGGCAACUCAGGAGAAAUUCCUACGGAGGUAAUGGACUGCAUCAAGGAAAACAACUUUGUUGCAGCCGCGGUGUUGUCAGGGAACCGUAACUUCGAGGCCCGCAUUCAUCCUUUGACAGCCGCUAAUUACCUUGCCUCACCGCCGUUGGUUGUAGCCUACGCACUCGCUGGACGUAUGGACAUCGACUUUGAGACUGAGCCCAUCGCAGACGGUGUGUAUCUGCGAGAUAUUUGGCCUACAAACGAGGAAAUUCAUCAGGUUGUGAACCAGUUCGUGACUCCAGGUCUCUUCAAGAGUGUCUAUGAAAACAUUACCACGAUAAACGAGGCUUGGAACCUACUCCAGGUGGAGAAGGGCGAGUUUUACAACUGGGACUCCAACUCUACCUAUAUUCACAACCCGCCGUACUUCGAGGGGAUGACCAAAGAGCCACCGGGUAUCAAGCCCAUCAAGCAAGCCGCUUGCUUAGCUUUUUUAGGUGACUCGAUCACUACUGACCACAUCUCCCCUGCAGGUAACAUUGCCAAGGACUCACCUGCCGCAAAGUAUCUCAUGGAGCAUGGCGUUGAGCGUAAGGACUUCAACACAUAUGGAGCUCGUCGAGGCAACGAUGAGGUUAUGAUGCGUGGCACCUUUGCAAACACCCGUAUAGGCAACAAACUUGUUGGGGAGGGUCAGACCGGCCCGUACACAAUAUACCAUCCAACCGGGGAAAAGAUGUUCAUCUUCGAUGCCGCGAUGAAAUACCGCGUGGAGGGUAUUCCCACUCUGAUUUUGGCUGGCAAGGAGUAUGGCAGUGGUUCAUCUCGUGACUGGGCGGCCAAGGGGCCCUUUUUGCAAGGUGUAAAAGCUGUCAUUACUGAGAGCUUCGAGCGUAUUCACCGCUCUAAUCUAGUGGGCAUGGGCAUCAUUCCUCUGCAAUUCAAACCAAAUGAAAGCGCGCAGUCUUUGGGUUUGACUGGGAAAGAAAGGUUCAACAUUGAACUGCCUAAGAACUUGACACCCCUGCAAAGUAUUACCGUAUAUUGCGAUGACGGAAAGACUUUUGAAGCCAUUGUACGCAUUGACACCGAGGUGGAGGUCCAUUAUAUGCAGCAUGGAGGCAUUCUAAACUACGUUUUACGUAAUAGGCUUGGGUCUUAA